AUGACUGUUUCGUGUGAACUAACCUCCUCAGACUUUUGGCAGAAAGCUGAUUCUACCCUAUUGAACUUUGGUGGAACAUUUGUUCGUGAGAUAAUUGUUGGCUCCAAAGGAUUAUACGUCUACACUAAUGAAGGUAAAAAGAUUCUUGACUUCACCUCGGGUCAGAUGUCCUGUCUGAUUGGACAUUGCAACGAGGAAAUUGGGGAAGUAAUUUCCAAUUAUGCUUACAAUCUGGAUCACAUCUUUUCUGGUAUGUUGUGUCCGCCAGUUGUUGAUCUUGCUUCCAAACUGUCUGCAUUGACACCUGAAGGGUUGGAUAGAUCUGUCUUUCUCAGCACGGGAGCGGAAUCUAACGAGUGUGCUAUUAAGCUUGCCAAGACCUACACCGGAAAGUUUGAGAUAGUUGGACUCUCCUUGUCCUGGCAUGGAAUGACAGGAAAUGCAAAUUCUUGUACCUACCAGUCUGGUAGAUCCGGUCACGGCCCAACUGUUCCAGGACAACUUGUUCUUCCGGCUCCUAACGAGUAUAGAUCAAUCUUCCGUCAUCCUGAUGGAUCGUAUGACUGGAAGACCGAGCUCCUUUACGGGUGGUCUUUGGUUGACGCUUCUUCUGUUGGCUCUCUAGCUGCCGUUAUCUUAGAGCCGGUCUUGUCGUCUGGUGGUAUGCUUGUCCUUCCAGAUGGAUAUCUGAAGGAAAUGAAGCACCAAUGUGAGCUUCGUGGAAUGCUCUUAAUUGUUGACGAGGCCCAGACCGGAAUUGGCCGUGCCGGUUCUAUGUUUGCUUCGAUUGCCUCGGGUGUGGUUCCGGACAUUCUGACUCUUAGUAAAACUCUUGGAAAUGGGCUGCCACUUUCUGCUGUCAUGACAUCAAACAAGAUUGCAGAGGUGACCCAAGAGAAGGGAUUCCUGUUUUACACGACCCACGUCAACGACCCAAUUCCUGCAGCAGUCGGAUCCAAGGUGCUGGACAUUGUGAUUAGGGAUAACUUGGUUGAAAACUCUAUCCAGAGAGGUGUUCAAUUUAGAGAAGGUCUUGAAGCACUGGCUGAGACUUAUCCGUGGAUUGGAAACGUUAGAGGAAAGGGUUUGAUGUGUGGUAUGGAACUAGUGAAGGAUAAAAAGACCAAGGAGCCAUAUCCAGAGCUUGCUUCCAAGCUCGCUGCUAAAAUGAUGAGUCUGGGUCUUUCCGCUAAUUUGAUUGCAGUGAAGUCUUUUGGAACCACUUUCAGAAUGGCUCCUCCAAUCUCCAUCACGCAAGAGGAGAUGAGUGAAGGCUUGAGACUAAUUGAAGAGGCAUUCAAGUCUGUGGUUGCUGAAGGUAUUUAG